AUGCCCAGACGCGCAUUCACCCUUGACUGCUCCGAUUCUCUCCCUACACCCGACAGUCUCGAGACAACUCCCGGGGCCGACCGCGAUGGUGACGGCAAUAUGUACAAUGGCUACUGGUUCACGUUCAAAAGGGAGGACCUGGAGUGGGCAGAAAAUCCGGUCAGCAAGGUCACCAAGGUCACCGAAGGGAAAUCGAAAGAUAUGUCCAACGAUGAGGUGUUCGAUCACAUCUUGAGCUUUUAUCGCGGUCCCGUUAUCCCAGACACGGACCUGAUCACGCUGCGAAAGAACUCACUUUGGCUGUCUUCAGCGCGGAGCGUGGAGAGGCUCACAAUCAGCAAGACACCAAACUACUCAGACAUCGAUACUCAGUUCGCCUUCGAGUGUGCCGAGAUCAAACCGGGAUUGGCCACACUGAACAUUCUUUUUCUCCGCAACCGCUCAUACGAACUGGGCAAAGACGACAGCAUGGCAACAUUCCUCUGGCAACACGCGAAGAUCCGGGCGGGUGAACCCUUGUCUAAAGAGGGGCAAUUCAUCGGCGAGAGCGUCUAUCAAGAAGCACGGGGGGCCCGACUCGGCUUGGAACCCGCCACUCUUUCUCUGAUGCAGCCAUUGCUCCUCGGCCCAGAACUCUUGCGGACCAACCUCCGCUACUCCUGA